AUGGCCAAACGACUGAGUGCUUGCUGGCUUCGUCGCCUGCAACAGCAGACUAGACGACCCUUCUCAACAACCCUGCGCCCACAGACCGAUGGUGUCUUUCGCGCCUUGACCGAAAACAGAAUUCAAACUCCUUGGAUUGAGGCCCUGCGAGCAAAGGAGCGCGGAGGCCAUGACCCGUCAAAACCUUCUGGCAAGCCAGAGACGCCCAAUGAUCGCGACCUCACUCCGAAACGCAUGAAUGACAGCUACCACAGCGUUGUCCUACCUCUAGCCCGCGAACCAUGGCUACUAGAUACCUACGCCAACUCCAGCGGCCACAUCCGCCUGGGUACAUUGUUCAUGGAUCUUGAUGCAUUGAGUGGUGUCAUUGCAUACAAGCACACCGGCGAUGGAGUCACGACAGUCACAGCCGCAUGCGAUCGUAUCGACAUCAAACACCCCCUGACAGAGAUCUCCGACCUCGAGUACAGUGGACGCGUUACCUAUGCAACUGGUCGCUCAAGCAUGGAAAUCUCACUACAAGUUGCCAAAGCACCAAAAGAGGGCGAAAGCGUCAAACCAGAGGAUGUCUUGUUGACAUGUCAAUUCACCAUGGUCUCGCUUGACCCCGGCACCAAAAAGCCUGUCAACAUUCCCGCCAUCGCCCCCGAGACCGAAGAAGAGAAGGCCAUUUUCGCUCAAGGCGAAAAGAACAGCGCCCAUCGCAAAGACCUCAAGAAGCGCUCCCUGACCAAGCAGACUCCAAACGACGAAGAGUCAGACCUCAUUCACGCCAUGUGGCAGAAGCAACUGCAAUACCAUGACCCCUCCGAUCCUGUGCGCAAGCCCGACAACGUCUUCGAGAUGGAGCAGACUCGUCUAUCCACUGCCGCCAUCAUGCAACCACAAUACCGAAACAGACACCACUUCAUGAUCUUUGGUGGUUUCCUCCUCAAACAAACUUUCGAGCUCGCCUUCUGCGCCGCCGCCAGUUUCGCCCACUGCCGUCCUACCUUCGUUUCGCUCGAUCCUUCAACCUUCCAAAACCCCGUCCCUGUCGGCAGUGUUCUUUAUCAGACAGCUACUGUCGUUUACACGGAUCCUCCAGUCGUCUCAGGCCAAGCCGAUGAACCAACCUCAGGAGAGAAGAACCAGAAAUACACGAGAAUCCAAGUCAGAGUCGACACAAAGGUUCGCGACGUCGAGCAUGGUACUGCCAAACCUACGGGUCAGUUCAAUUACACCUUCACGGUCGAACGCGACAUCAAGGUCUUGCCGAAGUCGUAUACCGAGUUUAUGAUGUACAUUGAUGCACGCAGAAGAGCAAUGAGGAUAAGAGAGAGUGUCGAGCACGAUGCCAUCGACUCUGGUGCACAAGACAGAGUGACAGAAUAG